AUGAAUCAAUUUCAACUAUUCCCACCGCCAACUCCGGAGGCCAAGAGAUCCAAUAACCCAUUUCGCAAGGGCAAGAAACCUGCGAGUGCCGAGCCAGAAUCCCCAAUACCACUCCAGGAGAUGAAAGACCCUGGCAACACCGAGUCCCUAUUGCUUCAGAUCAUCGAAGACACGCAAGAUAUCCCGCCGCCACCGCCUGGAAAUGCUGAACGAACGAAGUCUCCGCCUGCUGGAGCGGGGGCUUCCCAUGAUACGAGGCUCCCGCAGCCCAUGCACAGCCAGAAUCGUCAAGCCAAGAGGUCGAAUCACCAUGCUUUGCCCUCACAUGGUAGCCAUAGCAGCAAUAGUAGCAGUCAGACCACAGCUUCCACGGUUUCACCACAGUCUUCUCAGUCUUCGGUGUCGCCAGUUCCAAUGAGAUCAAUGUUUCCUCAAUUCGACCCCAAAUUGCCGCUCAAUCAGCAAGCAUACCAGUCACAGGCGCCGAUUAUUUUACAGCCUCCACCUCCGAGAAAGACCCGGAAGCCCCCGAAGCUGACCUUGUCGACAGGCGCCGAGAUCGAUCAUGUUCUCGGGCCGAAGACGGUCCCUGCGAGUGUUUUCAACUUUCCCAGUGGGGGUAUAGGGUCUGAAGAAAUUGAAUAUUCUUCGAUCGACGAACUGAAGAUGCUAUGGGAAAUCGCGAAUGGACAACGACCACAAGGAAUGGCUGGAAUGCUGAACAUACGAAUGACAAAGACUGGACCUGCAACCUUCAUUCUGGGGAGCUCCCAGCAACCGUUCUAUACACUGCAAACAUAUUCGACCGAUGAGAUUGCGUUGAGCAGAAGCGAUCCUUCCAAGGCCAACAAUGAAGUACCAAUCAUGAUGAUGAGUCUGGAAGAUCGUAUCCGCCGCGAGCAUCCCAACGACGGACUUGUCACUCUACUCUUCUCCAGACUCGCCGCCAUGCUGGCAAUAGACCAAGCGGAGGAAAUCAGUAAAAAGUAUCAUCUCACUCCUUCUGAGGCAUCAGAGGUAGAGACCGACGCACUCAAACGCGCAGCAGCGCAGGAAUCCUGUCGUCUAUCAUGGAACCGACACCAAAGACUCUACGAGCUCAGGCAUCCAUCCCUCUCUCGACGCCAUCCACCCGCCCUAGUCGGCGCAGCUGGUAUUCCACUAUCACCCGUGAGAUCUCAGUCUUCCGGCAUGGUCCAUAUCACCGUUUCUGCCCCCAGCCAGGCUUCCCCCCGCCAGCCACCAACCAUCAUCGUCACUGGGCCAGUCUCACCAACAGCAAUCGAAGCUGCACAGCAAGCAGCAAACUCGCGCACCUCCACUCUACCCCUCACAGACCAGGACGAGCCGCUGGCCACCUUGGACUUUGCCACCAAUACCCUUUCCAUUUCGCCGGCAGCUGUCAUCGCUACUAUUCCAUCACUAUACGCCAUUGACUCCCUCAUCGCAGCGAUCCUAGCAGUGGCCGUAUCCGAUGAAGCUACCAACCCAAUCCUAGCAGACAUGGCCCUAGGCUCCCCCGAGCCUUCCAGGCCAAGCACGUCUCAGAACCCGGGUCCAUACUCAAUGCCAGUGUUCCAGGGAAAGCUAGUAACAACAAUUGCCGAACGUGAAGACGCAGCAGAGAGUAUGAAUCUAGCGUCGCAGAUCAAAUCGGCACAGAAGAAAUCAAAAGAUAGCUCUCGUUCCAAGAAUGUAUUCAAAUUCUGGAAUCGGGACUCAUCAAAGCCAAAGGAUGUUCGGGACAAAAAGAAUCAGCAGGUCGAGCAAUUCGAUCUAGAGAAGUAUGGUCGCUAUGGAGCUGGCUCGCGGAAGGGCGAGAAACUCCCUGGAGUUACUCGUGGCAUCAUACGGAUACUGUUCUUUGGCUUGGAUCUGAUUGUCAAGGGGUUGACGCUGGUCGUCAAAAUCCUGGCCUGGUUAUUAGUCAAGUCGACUCGGUGUGUGACUAGCGAAAAGUUCUGA